CCAUCAUCAGCCUCUAAAACUGACCCAAGGAAACCAAAAGGCCCCAUUUUUCUCAGACGAAAAGGAUAAGCUGAAAAUCUCUGGAUUGUUUCUGUGAUUUUGGUUCUGGUUCACGUGUCUGGGUGAAAGAAAUGGCAGUUGUGUGUGUUUUAGACAGCGACAACGAAGAUAGCGCCAACGAUCGAAACAUUUCGGAAUUGAUUUCUAGAUUAAGAACCGCUUACCGGACGAAGGAUUUCGACCGAGUCGAAGAGAUUCUGGUAUCCAGAGAAGUAAACUUGAAGAGGGAGCUCAAUAAGCAAAAGUGCGAGGUUGAGCUUUGGAAGAGGAGGUUUGAAGAGUUAGGGAUUAGAGUUUCUAAAUUGGAGGAAGAUACUGCAAUGCUGAUGGAUAUGGGGCCUCAGGUUUCAAAGAAAUGUGGCGAUAACGCGUCGGUAAAGGAGGAGAAGUGUUGUGAAAAGGGGAGAGUUGAAAAUGGGACUAAUACUGUCGACGUGAGCAUUCAGGAUAAUGGGUUUGAUUUCGACGAAAAUACGAGUGUAGCAGCCAGUGCAGGCCUUAAUUUGCGUUCGCCCACUAAAACAGAUGGGGAUUUGCAGUGUGCAGCUCGUCCAACAUCUGCAUCAAGAGCCAUUGUUGACAUCUUUGAUAGUGAUGAUGAUCACGCUCCAGGAGGAAUUUUGUGCAGAGAAGAAAACAAAGACCUCAUAGACAAGGUGAUCUCCAGAAUGCUUAAAAGAAAACAAACUUCAUGUGUAAGUGAGAACUUAAAUGGUGGUGAUCAUGAAGGAGAUGAUGAUAUAUGUCCAACUAGUAAACGAAAGAUGAAGCGGCAACAAGAAUUGAUUCGUGAUACUGAUGGUUCUCGUGCCAAUCAUUGCUCGGAUUCAACAGCUUUUUCUGGUAGUCAAAAUGUUAAUAAACUUAUUAGCUCAUCAAGGCAGGAUGUAAUUGAGAACAUGAAUGGUGGUAUUCACAAAGUGGGAGGUAAUAUAUUUCGAACUAGUACACGAGAUAUGAAGGAAGAAGAAGAAUCGAUUCGUGAUAUUGAUGAUUGUCCUGUGAAUUGUUGCUCAGCUACUGCAGUCUCUUCUGGUUGUAAAAAUGUUGAUAAACUUACUAGUUCAUCAAGACAAUGUGAGGAGAAAAUGAAGACUGUUCAUGCUUCAAGAAAUCUUAUGCAUGAACUUGUUUUGGAGGGGGAUAGUGACAGCAGUUCCAGUUCAUCUGAUAGUGACGAUGAGUUUAUUAGUUCGAGAAUUGCAAAAUUAAAAAGAAAAUGGAGGGUUUAACAAAUUUGAUGCACUCAGGGGAACUACUUUUGUGGAGUUUUUUUGUGGAUGGCGAUCCUCAAGGGAACCCAAAGAAAUCGGUUAGAGUUGGAGAACAGGACCAGAAAAAUAAUUCUGACUGUAAAGGACUAGCUAUUGAUCACUGUAAGCAAUUAUUUGAGACUUACCAGAAGAGGAACAUUUCUUCCUAUCAUCAUAUGAAUGUGCAGAAGUAGAUGAUACGAGAUGGUGAUAUUUUGUAUUUUGUGGUUCUGAAUCCAUUUGUUGCUGGAUUAUCAAAUGUAAAGACAUUUGCAACAUAUCCUGAUAACAGCAGAUUCAGCGAGAACAAAAGACACCCUUCUUGUUUCUUGAUGCAUAAUUAAUUAAUGUUGAUGUGGAUCUUGUUUUUA